AGGUUUGCUCCAAAGCCUUUGCCAGGGCCGAUCUGCUCAAGCGCCACCGCGCCAACCACAUGGAUGGCAAUGGCCCCAAGCGCAGACGGUUCGACUCGGUUCCCUCUGCCGGCCGCGUUGCUCGUGCCUGCCAGGCCUGUGCGAAAGCCCGGGUGAAGUGCGAAGAGAGUAAACCGCAAGUGUCUCCCGCCCUCUGCUGGAGUCGUGCUUGUGCUUGUGCUCGUGCUCCUGCUCGUCCUUGCUGACCCCCCUCGCCCCGCUCAGGUGCUCACGCUGCAGGAACCGGGGACUGGCCUGCGAGGUUGCUCCCUUGUCCGAAGACGCAGCCAUGCAUCUUGGCCACCACUCGGCGAGCCGCAUGGGAUGUCACGAAUCCACGCCCGACUCCUGCUACUCCUCCUCAUCCGCCGGGGGAGAUCCGCAAUACCCUCCCUCCGCAGGUCCGGUUCCGGCUUCGUUUGCUUACCCUAUCAGCCCCGAAGAAAGCAAGGAAGGCAUCGCAACUCCAGAUCACCUUCCGUACCGCGAGGACACCCAGGUGCCGACUCCGGCCAACUUCCAGCCGUAUCCGGGAAACGACGAAGCAUAUGCCCCAGGGACCCAUGCAAGACCCCCGCCCUCCGAUGUCCUGCGCGAUGUCUUGUACGACCAGUCCAUGGCACAUCCCUCCAGACUCCCAGAAGCCUCAGGACUAGCCGCGCUGGGCUUUUAUGACGACGCAAACCUGGAUUUUGACGCCUUUGACUUUGACAUUUUGGACCACUGGAACCUCGACGCGCCCCAAAGCGAGGCAGACCAGACCGCCGCCAACGCACAGGACCCCGCCGGCGUGGCGGCGAUGCGCUCGGCACUGGUCAAGAUCUGGACCGAGUCCCCGUGGCGGUGGUCGCCUCAGAAGACGGACAACUGCUAUAACGAGCAACCUAACCUGCCCCUCCCCUCCAGCGAUGCCCACCGUGUCCAGCUCCACAGCAACCGCCCCGCGGUUGACCGUGUGGUCAAGGACAAGCUCCUUGGCUCGUGCCGGGACAAAAUACUGGCCAUCGUCUUGAGCACCUGCCGGGAGAAGCUCAUGGAGAACCGGGUAGCCGCCUCCUUCCCGUCGGCCGAUACGAUGGAUUCGUGGAUCAACCUCUUCCUGGCCGCCCAUCAUUGCCAGGUCUCGUCGUGGAUCCAUUACGGCUCGCUCUCGCUGAACAGCCAGUGUCCGGAAUGGCUCGCCAUGGCCGCCGCCGCCGGCGCAGUUCUGACGCCGGUCCCUGCCUUUCGCAAGUUCGGUCUCGCGUUGCAGGAGGCAGUCCGCGUUGCCAUCCCCGAGAGAUUCGAGACGAACAACGAAAACAUCGCCGAACUCGACAAAGUCCAAGCCCUGGUACUGGUGCAGGAUAUCGGGCUCUGGAGCGGCAAUCGCCGGAAAAUGGAGAUAGCCGAGUGCCACUUGUCGAUACCUAUAGCGAUGAUGCGGUAUAGGGGCAAAUUUGGGAGAUCGGCCUAUCCAGACAUCGUCAUCUACCCAUCAGACGAGGGUAGUGUUCUGGAGGAGAAGUGGAAGAAGUGGUAUCAACUAGAGUCCUGGAAGAGGCUCGUUUUCCAUGCGUAUCUGAGGGACGCCCAGGUGUCCAUGACGCAGUUCAACAACCCGUCUAUGUCGUACGCGGAACUCACAUUACCCUUGCCGUGCUCAAAGGAGCUCUGGUUCGCGAGAAGCGCCGAGGAGUUCAAGAUCCGCUACCUCGAAUCCGCCGCCGGCGACGCCAAGUGCCCGAUUCCGUCCCUCGGGGACCUCCUCCGCGACAUCAACGCCCUCUCAGCAAACCAGCACCGCCUCGACGUUCAAUUCGCCAUCUCCAUCUACCUCCACGGCUUCUGGUCCCUGAUCUGGGAAUACCGCCAGCUCUCCUCCAUCUACCGCCCCUCCUUCACUACCACCACCACCACCCCCACGGCAUCUACCAACACCAACAACCAGCACAACACAACGACCCUCCUCCUCGACUCCCGCCGCGCCGACCUCCAAAACCAGCUCAAAACCUUCCAGCUCGCCACCCGCGAGCCGUCGAUGACGACGACGAUGCUCUCCGCACAGGAGAGCAUGCUCCUGCACCUGCUGCUCCUGAACCUCCACCUCGCCCUGCCCGACCUGCAGCUCCUCUUCUCAGGCAAGGAGGCCGCAGCCGCAGCCGCCGCAGCCGCAGCCGACGGCGCCGACGAGCAUCAGCACGCCCGCCGAGCCUAUUUCGUGCAACCACAGCAACAGCAGCCGCAGCAACAGCAGCAGGAUCAGAAGACGCCCGCCGCCGCCUCCGCCGCCACCGCAGCCAACGUGCGCGAGGCGCUGUGGCACGCCGGCCAGGUCUUCCGCAUGGCGAGGCUGUUUCCGCGCGGACACCUCAAGGACUUCUGGGCCGUCGCCGUGUGCCAUGCCGCGCUGGCCGUGUGGGCGUGUGGCGUCGGCUUGGUUGGCGGGUUGGAGGGCGGCGGGUGUCAGCUGCAGCAGCACCAGCAGCAGCAGCAGCAUCAGUACCACCAGCAGCAGCAGCACCAUCAGCAAGGAGGUAGGGACGGCGGAGGAGGAGCAGGAGCAGGAGCAGGAGGGACCGACCCGCUCGUCUUCCUCGACGGCGAGGCCUCGCCCGCCGUGCAGGCGUGGAUUGCCUACGGGCAGGGCCGGCCGGCCGUUCGGAGCGUGCGCGAUGGCGACGGCGACGACGACUCUGCAGCCGCCGCCGCCGCAGCCGCCGCCGACAAUGGAGGAGGAGGAGGAGGCGGAAGCGGAGGAGGUGGCGGUGGUCUUUGUCGUAGUGGUGGUGGCGUUGGUGUUGACGGCGGCGCCGGGAGGGUGGCGGCGACGGCGACGGCGACGGCGUGCCUCGUGGAGGAGGACCCGCGCACGUGCAUGGAGGUUGCGCAGGGGAUCCUGCGGGCCAACUUUGUCGGCGUGUGGGAGAGCCUGCCGCCGCUGAACGAGAACAUCCUCGUUGUGCUGAGGCAGUUGGAGAAGGCCGCGGCGGCGGUGGGGUGGGGGUGAGAGUAGCCUAUUUUUGCUUUCUUGUUUUUGUUAGUGGUAAGUGUUUUGGUGAGGGAUCUGGCAGGGAGGAAGGGAGGGGUGAG